AUGGGGUAUGCCGACAAGAUCAAUGCGAGGGUGGAGAAUAGCAUCGUGGGGCGCUACUUCAAGGUGAAGGAGAGGAACACCAGCUUCACCCAGGAGCUGCGCGGUGGCAGUGUGACCUUCCUCACGGUGGCGUACAUCCUGGCUGUGAACGCCGGCAUCCUGGCCGACACGGGCGGCAUCUGCCCCACCAACGGCGCCUGCCCGCUGGGCCCCGGCAGCAUCGGCACGGCGGCCUGCGACGACUGCGUGGCCAACACCAAGCGCUCCUUCAUUUCCGCCACCGCCGCCAUCUGCGUCAUCGCCAACUUCCUGAUGGGCAUCAUGGGCAACCUGCCGCUGGCCAUCGCCCCCGGCAUGGGCCUGAACGCCUACUUCACCUACACUGUGGUCGGCUUCUUCGGCACGGGCAUGGUCACCUACCAGAUGGCCCUGGCCGCCGUCUUCAUCGAGGGGUUCAUCUUCGUCUUCAUCUCCGUCAUCGGCCUGCGCACCUGGCUCACCACCAUCGUGCCCAAGUCCAUCUGGCUGGCCUCCUCCGCGGGCAUCGGCGCCUUCCUGGCCUUCAUCGGGCUGCAGCAGGCGGAGGGCCUGGGCGUGGUGACCUACAACGGGGCCACCGCCGUGGGCCUGGGCGGCUGCCCCCCCGGCUACCGCAACCACCAGUACACCUUCUCCACCGCGCAGCUGGAGUCGGCCUGCAUCCUGUCCGACGGCGCGGCCAUCGCCAACCCCGCCAACUCGGGCUGGACGCCCUCCAGCAACUACUUUUGCGAGAGCGCGGGCGUCAUGCGCUCUGGCCAGACCUGGCUGGGCAUCGCGGGUGGCAUGCUGAUGGCGGUGCUGCUGGCCAAGAACCUGAAGGGCGCGCUGAUGGUGGGCAUCCUGUUUGUCACCUUCAUCUCCUGGAUCCCCUCCUCCGGCAACCAUGCUGCGUACCUGGGCUCCUCGGCGGGGCCCGGGGGCCAGGAGCGGCUGGACUACUUCCGCAAGGUGGUGGCCGUGCCCGACACCAGCUACACCGCGGCCCAGCUCGAUUUCUCCGGCUUCAAGACCGGCCAGCUCUGGCUCGCGCUCAUCACCUUCCUCUACGUCGACUUCCUGGACUGCACGGGGACCCUCUACUCCAUGGCCAACUUCCUGGGCCUCUACAUCCCUAACUUCAUUGACAAGAAGACGCUGCAGUUCGAGCGCCAGCUCCCCGCCUUCUGCGUGGACGGCGUGUCCAUCACCGUUGGCGCAGUGCUGGGCACCUCCCCGGUCACCGUCUUCGUGGAAAGCGCGUCGGGCAUCAGGGAGGGCGCGCGCACGGGCAUUGCCGCCCUCAUGAUAAGCUUCUGGUUCAUCGUCUCCCUCUUCUUCACCCCGCUCCUGGCCAGCAUCCCGCCGUACGCCACGGGCCCCGCGCUGGUCCUGGUCGGCGCCAUGAUGGUGAUCAACAUCGUGAAGAUCGACUGGGCCAACAUCCAGGAGGCGGUGCCCGCCUUCCUCACCUUCAUCGUCAUGCCGCUGACCUACUCCAUUGCCUACGGCGUCAUCGCGGGCAUCAUGUCCUGGAUCAUCAUCAACGGCUCCGUGGCCGCCUGGAACUACGUGAGCCUCAAGAUCUGGGGCCGGCCAGACCACGUGGAGGAGGGGUCCAGCUGGAAGAUGGUUCGCCAGAUGACCUUCACCCUGAACGCCGACAGGUCCCUGCAGGAGAGCGAAGCCCUGCACACCUUCCAGGACCCCUCCACCAGGGGCAUGAAGGAUGGGGACGAGUCGCCCUCCGCCUCCCAGGCCGCCGCCGAGGUCGAGCUGGGCGGCAAGUCGGUGGACACCAGCAUCCCGGUGGUCGACUUCUCGGCGGAGGAAGCCUCGGUCGUUAAAACAUGGCGCCGGGCCUGCAUCGACCAUGGUUUCCUGUAUUUGACAAACCACGGCAUACCGGAGUCGCUGGUGUCGGAGUUUUUCGAGCAGCAGCAUGCUUUCUUCCGCCUCCCCCUGGACCAGAAGAUGACCAUCAUCCAGGAUGAGAACAACAGGGGAUACACGCCGUACAAGGAGUCUACCCUCGACCCCGAGAACUCCAAGCGCCCUGACACCCAUGAGGGACUGUACUUUGGCCGCGAGGUGGCAGCCGACAGCGAAGAGGCCAAGCUCCCCCUGCAUGGGCCAAACCAGUGGCCCUCUGAGGACCUGCUGCCCAACUACCGGAGGGUGACCCAGGCGUACUACGACGCUGUGACUGCGCUGAUGCGCAGGUCGCUGCACAUCCUGGCGCUGUCGCUGGACCUGCCCCGCGACCACUUUGACGCCAUGUUUGCCAAGCCCAUCGCCUCGCUCCGGCCACUGCACUACAGGCGCGCUGCUGUGAUGGGGGGUCCCGCCGAGGUGGCGUCGCCCGAGGACGGUGGCUUCAGCGCGGGGGCGCACACCGACUACGGCUGCCUCACUUUCCUCAUGACGGACGGGACGCCGGGUCUCCAGAUCUGCCCAGACGGCGAGUGGGUGGCGGUGCCCCACAUCCGGGGUGCUUUCGUUAUCAACCUGGGUGACAUGCUGGAGCGCUGGACCGGCGGACUGUACCGCAGCACCCUGCACCGCGUCGUCUGCACGUGUGGAAAGGAGCGGUUCUCUGCCGCAUUCUUCGUGGAGCCCAGCUUUGAGACGGUCGUGCAAGUGUUUCCCGAGUGCCUGGCAAAGGGCGGCAAGAGCUACCCCCCCAUCCAGUCUGGGGAGUACCUGCUAGGCAAGUACAGGGCCACCCAUUCGGGGUACAGCCUGGCAAAGGAGGGGCAUGCUAUCGCCGCCUGA